AUGACUACCACACUCUUCCCCAAUGAUUACUUUGGUGCUACUAGGUCGUCAGAUCAGAAAGGGGAACGGCAAUGGCUCAUUAAUGAGAUCAUAAAGCCCGAACUACCUAAUAUUAUCGAUAACGUGGAUAAAUGCUUAGAGCUGUUGACAAGCGAAACUAGCUUUAAAGUGCCUAUAAGUAAUGGAGCAGGCAACGAUUCAAACGCAGCUUACGUGCGAGGGGUUCUCACGAGGAAGAGCGGAUUCGUCACCGAUCUGCAGCUGAUUAUUAGAUUCAAGCAGUUCAACCGAGGCAGACAAACUGUGUUGAAGAUGAACACCGGUGAACCAUUUCCUUUACAGCAGAUUGCUACAAUAACUGAGAACCUAAAGGCUGUAGCUGAUCUGCUGGAUACUCUCCAGCUAUCGGAAGAUGUGGACACUUUUGUUAGUGACCUAGCAAAAGUGCUGGACUUACUAUCCAAGUCCAUCAACUUGCUACAAUUUCCUCCCCAGGACCUAUUGUUCCCCUAUAAUAAGAACAUAGUCUUGAAAAGUCUGUUUUCGAACGGCGAAGGACCUUUUCAAACAUCACAUCACAUCUUGAACAUGGAUCUCGUUAUUCUCAAAAACGAGAUAAGCAUGGAUUUCCGUAACCUACAGAAAAUCACCACCAGGCCAUGGUGCGAUUACAAUUCUGAAACGGGUAAAACUUUCGCAGACAUAGUACGUGAGAAAUUGAAGUCGCAACGUGGAAAGAAAUUAAGCGAGAUUCUGGAGGACGAGGGAUUGCAAAUCGAAGAGCCUUCUUUGCUGCGAAACGUCUUUCCGCACAAAAACGCCCAUCAGUGUACCACCUUAGAAGACGCGCAAAACGUGCUGGCACGCUGCGUCACCUUUGAGGACGGUUUGGUAUCCGAAUGCCAAAAGGUAUCCAUCUCCACCAGCGAUCCCAGCCUCAUUAGCAUCACCUCAAAGCUAAAUGGGCUGGAAAACUGUGUGAGUAAUUAUUACACCAAUGUCACACUGAUAUAG